AUGACAAGCCAACCUUUUGUGGACACUGCCGCUCCUGCAGCCAAGCCAGAGCCGACCUCGACCGCAACCUUAAAUGGCCAUGCCACUUGCAAUGGCUCUUCUAAACAGACCUCGAAUGACGCCGUUUCGCCCUCCGACGAGACGCCUCUCUUCUCGGACACCCUGAUCUCCCCCGAAGUCCUUGCUGCUCUCCCUCCAGACUACACGAUCCGUCCAUUGCGCCGUUCCGACUACGCCAGGGGUUACUUGGAUGUUCUGCGCGUGUUGACCGUAGUGGGCGAUAUCUCGGAAGAUGAUUGGAACGACCGGUACAACUGGAUGGCCGCUCGAGGCGGCGAAUACUUCCUCCUUGUCGUCUGUGACGGAGCCGGUCGUAUCGUCGGGACGGGGAGCUUGAUCGUUGAGCACAAGUUCGUCCAUUCUCUGGGCAAGGUUGGGCAUAUCGAGGAUAUUGCUGUCGAGAAGGGACAGCAGGGUAAGAAGUUGGGAUUGAGGAUUAUUCACGCUUUGGAUUAUAUUGCUUCUCAUGUCGGAUGUUACAAGAGCAUUCUCGACUGUUCCGAGGCAAACGAAGGCUUCUAUGUUAAGUGUGGCUUCAGGCGCGCUGGUCUAGAGAUGGCCCAUUACUACUAA